CAGGCCCGUGGGCCGGAUCCUCUCUGGCCUUUGCCUCUCCCUCGCGCCCGGUCGACGCCGCCGCCGCCGCCGCCGCUCCCCUUUGCCACCGGAGCACACACCACCCAUGGCGCCGCCCGCUCUUUUCCGCGCCGCCGCAGCCGAGCUUCGCCGCCGCGCCCCUCUCCCCCUCCCGGCGCUCUCAUCUCUCCUCUCCUCGCCGUCGCCCCAGAGCCCACCCUCCAGCUGCCCCGAUCCUAGCCCUCCCGCCCACCGCCGCCACCUCAUAACCCUCUGCCGGUGCCCGCGCCCAGCAUCAGCAUCCGCCUUCUCCCCCGACUCGCUUUACGACAGGAUUCUGCUACCGAGCCACUUCCCGCCCGCCUCACCGCUCUCCACCUCAUCAUCAUCCUCUUCCGAACCCGCGGACAAGCCACCGCUCACGUGGGUGGACAACUGGAUCCCGGAGGCCGCGCGGCCGUACGCCAUGCUCGCACGCCUCGACAAGCCCAUCGGGACCUGGCUCCUCGCGUGGCCCUGCAUGUGGUCGAUCACCAUAGCAGCAAUACCAGGGCAGUUGCCUGACUUCAAGAUGCUGGCACUCUUCGGAUGUGGAGCCAUCCUCCUCAGGGGGGCUGGUUGCACAGUGAAUGAUCUUCUUGACCGCGACAUUGACAACAAGGUUGAGCGCACCAAAAGCAGGCCUUUUGCAUCUGGUGUUCUUACUCCUUCACAAGGAGUAGGCUUCCUUGGAUUUCAGCUUCUGCUGGGACUGGGCAUUCUUCUCCAGUUGAAUAACUAUAGCCGUAUUCUGGGGGCAUCUUCACUUCUUCUGGUCUUCUCAUAUCCCCUGAUGAAGAGAUUCACAUUUUGGCCUCAGGCUUAUCUUGGCCUGACAUUCAACUGGGGAGCUUUAUUAGGAUGGGCUGCUAUUAAGGAAAGCUUAGACCCUGCAGUCGUCCUUCCAUUGUAUACAGCUGGUAUAUGCUGGACACUGGUAUAUGAUACCAUAUAUGCACAUCAGGACAAAGAAGACGACCUCAAAGUAGGAGUUAAGUCCACAGCAUUAAGAUUUGGAGAUUUGACCAAGUACUGGAUUAGUGGUUUUGGUGCCGCAUGCAUUGGCAGCUUAGCACUCAGCGGCUACAAUGCUGACCUUGGAUGGCCCUACUAUACUUUUCUGUGCGCUGCAGCCGCGCAGUUAUCAUGGCAGAUUUCAACUGUGGAACUUUCUAACCGCUCUGAUUGCAACAGGAAGUUUGUGUCCAAUAAGUGGUUUGGAGCUUUGGUAUUUAGUGGGAUUUUAUUUGGGCGUCUUGUAUCAUGAUGAAUUUAUCAGGCAUGCUGUGUAUCCUUUUUUGUAUCAUAUAUUGAUGGGUUCAAUGUGAAAAUCAAAACAAUUUUUUGAUUGAGUGCGGGAAGAAAAUACCAAGCCCUUCACUAUGUGGACUAGCAAUUGCAGCUUGGUGCGGAAUGGACUUUGCUAUUCUCCGAGCACGUCAUUGUGGUGCUCUCCACCUCCUGCAAACAGUUACAAGACAAGGGGCAGGAAACUACUUUGAUGUACAAUACAUUUUUUUUUGUAUCCUUAUGUUCUGUUAUAUGUGAAAAGAUCAGUUAGAGUGGCCUUUUAUCUUUUUUGGAUUGUUUAGCGCCUCUAGAAUCUAGGUGGAAACAGCUGUGCAAAAGAAUUUUUGUAUGAAGCCAGAAACACGGUUCAGUUGCUUACGCACUUAUGUUUUGGAGAAAAUCGGGUGCUUGUCAGGUA